UGAUGAUUCAUUCUUAUUUGCUCUGAAACGGGUGCUAGCUUCUACCAAUCUGUAACACAAAUCGAAUUCCUAUUCCUCCAAGGUUUUUCUUGUGAACUGGUGAUUGGAGAAUAUGUCAGGCGCUGAAGAAAACAAAGAGCGAACGGAAGUUGUUAUGGACGAUGGUGGGAAGGGCAUGCCAUCACCACAACAGGAAGAGGAAUCUGUAAAGAGUAAGUAUGGUGGGUUAAUGCCCAAGAAGCAACCAUUGAUUUCUAAGGAUCACGAACGUGCCUAUUUUGACUCUGCUGAUUGGGCUUUGGGAAAGCAAGGUGGCCAGAAGCCUAAAGGACCACUGGAGGCUCUCCGGCCCAAGCUACAGCCAACUCAUCAACAAACAGGCUACCGCAAGUCUCCUUGUGGGCCAUCGGAAGGGGAAGAUGGAAACGCUGCCCAAGAGGAAGAUGCGACUCACAACGGAUGAGAAUCUCAUAUCAAUCCUGGGGAAGUCCACCAACAUUGCCUGUGUUGUUGAUAUUGAAGUUUCGCCUGAAUAAAAGACAUGCCAAGAGGAUGUUUUAGUGCAUGCAGCCACUGAGAGAUCUUCCAGAGCCUAUUCCUGUUGUAGAUAAGUUUGAUAUUUCACAUAUUUUCAGACUAUAAAUUUGGAAACCAAAAUCAUUUAAUCUUCCUACUCUCUGUUUUACCGUGUUGGUAUAGAGUAGACUUAGCUAUAUUUACUUUACAUUUGUUCUUGUGUAUUAGGAGUGAGCAAUUUUCGCAGCUAAACCAAAUAUGCAGUCAGUUGGAACCAUAAUGUUCAUCCAUAUUGUUGGUCUUGUGAAUGUCAUGUACGCUUCAAC